UUAUUUGUUAUCUCUCAGUUAUCUUCAUUGAUGUAACUGUCUUUUAUUUUGCUCCAAAAAAUUGAUAUUUAUCUUACUAUGAGUAUGAAACGUCAGUUGUAAGUGUGCUGAAGCUUUUCUUUUUGAAGUAAAAUCAAUCUGAACAAUGGCUGCAACCUACGAAGAAUUCAUCCAGCAGAACGAAGAGAACGAUGGAGUUAGAUUUACCUGGAACGUUUGGCCUUCAAGUAAAUUAGAAGCCACUAGACUUGUGGUGCCAGUUGGAUGUUUAUAUCAGCCAUUAAAAGAAAGACCAGACUUGCCGCCAAUCCAUUAUGACCCAGUCUUGUGCACUCGCAAUACUUGUCGAGCAAUUCUAAAUCCCAUGUGCCAAGUUGACUUUCGAGCCAAGCUAUGGGUUUGCAAUUUCUGUUUCCAACGAAACCCCUUUCCUCCUCAAUAUGCGGCUAUUUCAGAGCAUCAUCAACCAGCAGAGCUUGUUCCGACAUUUUCGACCAUCGAAUACACCAUUACUCGAGCUCAGUGUAUGGAGCCCAUAUUUCUACUGGUUGUGGAUACUUGUCUUGAUGAUGAGGAAUUAGGAGCCUUGAAAGAUGCCUUACAGAUGUCCCUGAGUCUUUUACCUCCAAAUGCUCUCAUCGGAAUCAUUACAUUUGGAAGGAUGGUCCAAGUGCAUGAAUUAGAUUGCGAAAAAUGUUCCAAGAGUUAUGUUUUUCGUGGAACGAAAGAUUUGACGGCCAAGCAGUUACAAGAUAUGUUGGGAAUAGGGAGACAUUCUGCUGCAGCAACGUUGCCUCAACAAGGCCGACCUAGUCAGCAAACUCCUCGGCCACAUAAUAGAUUCCUACAGCCAGUACAUGAAUGUGAUAUCAAUUUAACGGACCUCCUUGGAGAACUACAACGAGAUCCGUGGCCAGUUCCUCAAGGAAAACGAUCAUUGCGCUCCACUGGUGUAGCUCUAUCAAUAGCUGUCAGUUUAUUAGAGUGCAUGUACCCGAACACAGGAGCCCGCAUUAUGCUGUUUGUUGGUGGUCCGUGUUCACAAGGUCCCGGUCAAGUGGUCAAUGAUGAUUUGAGAGAACCAAUACGCUCUCAUCAUGACAUACACAAAGACAAUGCUCGAUAUAUGAAAAAGGCCAUCAAGCAUUAUGAAGGACUAGCAAUGCGUGCUGCAGGCAAUGGACACUGCGUUGAUAUUUAUUCUUGCGCUCUUGAUCAGACCGGUUUACUUGAGAUGAAAAGUUGUUGCAAUGCCACUGGAGGGCACAUGGUCAUGGGAGACUCGUUUAAUUCAUCACUAUUCAAACAGACCUUUCAAAGAGUUCUUGCUAAGGACAACAAGGGAGACUACAAAAUGGCUUUCAAUGGAACCCUGGAAGUCAAACUCUCUCGAGAACUGAAAGCCAUGGGAGCAAUUGGACCUUGCGUCUCCCUUAAUAUAAAGAAUGCAAAUGUGUCGGAGAACGAAAUAGGAUUAGGCGGAACAUCUCAGUGGAAAGUUUGCUCUUUCAACCCGAAUACAACACUGGCUUUCUAUUUUGAAGUUGUGAAUCAGCAUACAGCUCCGAUACCACAAGGAGGAAGAGGUUGUAUUCAGUUUAUAACUCAGUAUCAGCAUUCAAGUGGCCAAAAGAGGAUUCGUGUAACAACUCUAGCCAGAAAUUGGGUUGACUGCGCAACAAAUAUUCACCAUGUUACAGCCAGUUUUGAUCAAGAAGCAGCUGCUGUAAUCAUGGCCCGCACUGCUGUUUUCAAGAGUGAAAGCGACGAUGGUCCUGACGUCAUGCGAUGGGCAGAUAGGAUGCUAAUCAAGUUGUGUCAAAAGUUUGGAGAAUAUAACAAAGAGGAUCCUAAUAGCUUCAGACUACCAGAAAACUUCAGUCUUUUCCCGCAGUUCAUGUAUCAUUUGCGACGAUCUCAGUUUUUGCAAGUUUUUAACAACAGUCCCGAUGAAACAUCUUUCUAUCGACAUGUACUCAUGCGCGAAGAUUUAACGCAAAGUUUAAUAAUGAUUCAGCCAAUUCUGUAUAGUUACUCGUUUAAUGGUCCUCCAGAACCAGUAUUAUUGGACACCAGCAGCAUACAGCCAGAUAGAAUUCUUCUUAUGGACACCUUCUUCCAGAUUCUGAUAUUUCAUGGAGAGACCAUUGCCCAAUGGAGAGCUCUGAAGUAUCAAGAUAUGCCAGAAUAUGAAAACUUCAAACAACUUUUGCAAGCUCCUGUCGACGAUGCUCAAGAAAUUUUGCAUACCAGGUUCCCCAUGCCGAGGUACAUCAACACUGAACAAGGUGGCUCACAGGCCCGAUUUCUGCUGUCCAAAGUCAACCCAUCACAAACGCAUAACAAUAUGUACACAUAUGGUGGGGAUGGAGGUGCUCCAGUACUCACAGAUGAUGUUAGCCUCCAAGUUUUUAUGGAGCAUUUGAAGAAAUUAGCCGUAUCGCCCAACACGUAAAAUCCCUUCAUGAUCUUUAUUUUUAAGAGUGAUGGAUUGUUCAAAUGUUUUUAACUUUUCCCAUACUCUUAGGUAAAUUUGAAGUCCACAAUCUAGUAAACAAUCUGCACUUGUGAAUCAAAUCAUACUAGCUUUAGAUUAAUCAAUUUAUCUUCUUUUGAGCUUGUAUGCUUGUCAAAUCUACAUCAAUGCCUUUAUUGAAUCAAUACUUUUAAAAAGGGUGGAAGUCCAUUUUUAAAAACCAUUUUUUGUUUUUGCAUUUUCGAACUUUUUAGUCGUCUUUACCAUUUUACCCAAGAGAGUAGCGGUAGUCCGCCUCUUGGAUGAUGAGUGACAGACUCCUUGGAAUGAAAAUUUUACAUAGAAAAAGGGUCAAAAAUGCAAAAAAAUCAGUUUGAAAAAUUGGACUUUCGCCCCUUUUAUAAUUACUGAUUCUACUAUUAUUUGAUUGAAUGGCAUUUUACGCUUUAAACCGAAUCUUUUUGUAGAAUUUCUAUUAUAAGAACCCCAAAAUGCUGAAACUUUUAAAGAGUUUCAUCAGCACUGUUGAAUUUAUACAUCUUUAUGAUAUCAUCAGAUUUUAAUCAAAGCUGAGAAAAAGUAGCUAAAACCAAAUAUGUUAUUAAACUUUUAUUUAUUAAAUUCAGCCAAAGCAAAAAGGUUGUGGGUACGGCAAAUUGGGAGGUUGAUUAAUAGUUUCCAAGUUUAAGUUAAUAUUUGAUAUGACUUAGCAUUUAACACUGUGGCUAUUUUCCUUUUUACUGAGCUUCAGAAUCUUUUGUUUUUCACCGUACUGAUUUGCAUUAAGAUAUUUUCAUAAAUUAUUAAUCGAUGAUUAAUCUAAUGUCUUGUCAGAAAUCUAAAGCUGAAAAUUUAACCCAGGGAAAGUUUUCCCUUUGUCUUUCAUUGAUUAUUUUCUUUUUUUUUAUAUCUCUCUCUCUGCUCAGGGAAGUUUGGUUUAGUCAUUUCAUCCUUAGCAUUGAUGUUUUCUCAUAUCAGUAUUUUCAAGAAUUUGUAGUAUUACCGCAUAAAUUAAAAGUGAGUGAGCGAAGGCUGAAUUAUCAAGCCUGCCAGGGGCUUAAUAUGUAGUGAAAUUUAGUUAUAAUCAGUAUUAAUUUGAAGCUUUAACUUUCUUCUCACCUCUUGAACUGCUUUAUCAUUUUACAGUAUGAUUAUUCUUUCUACUCAUAAUGUUUUUCCCAUGAAGCAACUGUUUUGCUUCACAAAAGUUCUAUUUUAAAUGAACGCUGUAAGUUUAGCCCGAAUUAUUGAAGUCCAGUCCACCAGUAUUUUAUUUUUAGUGAAUAUUCUUUUUAGAAAAAGUGUUGAAUAAAAUGUCUUGUUGUUUCAGUCAUGCAUAAUAAAUGCUUAUUUAUUUGAUGAUUAAAUUA